CGCGCAUCUAUCUCGGCUGUAUCUUGUGCUACUCUCCAAAUUACUCCAAAUUGGGCCUCCUGUGUCUACGCUUCGUCUCUCUCAUCUGCUACUCUUGCUCGCGAUGGCUAGCUCAUCCGCUGGAAAGAUCUUGAAGCGAGCAGACCCAUCCACGAUCCAUGACAAGUUCCUCGUGGGCUACCAAGGCUGGUUUACCUGCGCAGGAGACGGCGAACCCGUCGGACCUGGCCACCACGGCUGGCUUCACUGGUUCAACUACCCCAUACCAGACGGUGGGCGGCCUAACACCGACAUCUGGCCUGAUACUUCAGAGUAUACGCCCUCGGAACUGUUCCCCGCCCCAGGGCUGAAGUAUGCGGACGGCUCGCAGGCCUUCCUCUUCUCGUCGCGCCACCCGAAGACGGUGCAGCGACACUUCAACUGGAUGGCACAGCACGGCGUCGACGGCGCGCUUUUGCAGCGCUUUCUAGGUCAGACCGAUCUGGAGCAGGGAAACCACGGAAUACGGAACAUGAGGGAUGAGGUCGGCGAUAGGGUCAUGGAGGCCGCGGAAAAAGAGGGACGCGUCUUCGCGAUCAUGUACGACGUAUCGGGGGUCACGCCCGACCGCAUCCAGCGCGUGCUCGAGCAAGACUGGAUACACCUGAUCCGCCGCAAGGCCAUCCUCGACAGCCCCGCGUACCUCCGCGAGCAGGGCCGCCCCGUCGUCAUCCUCUGGGGAUUCGGCAUGUCCGACGCGCACCACUCGCCCGCGAUGGUUCGCGCCGUGACCCGCUUCAUCCGCGAGAACACGCCCGGGGGCGCGUACAUCAUGGCCGGGGUGCCCGCACACUGGCGCACGAGCGUGAUGGACGCCGACCCGGACCCGGAGUUUCUCAAGGUGUGGCUCGAGGAGUUCGACGCGCUCUCUCCGUGGACGAUCGGACGGUACCAUGACGAGGAGGGCGCGGACCGGUUCGAGCAGGAGAAGAUCAAGGGCGACGCGGAGCUGAUCAAGCAGCACAACGAGCGGUGGGAGAGCAAUCGGGGCACGAUGCGGAAGAUUGACUACAUUCCUGUGAUCUUCCCGGGGGGUUCGGGGCACAACCUUUCGGAGGGCAAGUGGGGGUGGAAUGACGCCCCGCGCAAGGGCGGGCACUUCAUGUGGCGCCAGCUGGUGAACGCCAAGCGGCACGGCGUACGUACAGUCUAUGGCGCGAUGUGGGACGAGUAUGACGAAGGUACGGCAUUCAUGCCAGUCGUAUCGCACAAACGGCAACUACCGGUGCUCGAGACGCACCGCUUCAUGGCCUUGGAUGAAGACGGUUUCGAUUUGCCCCCAGACUGGUAUAUGCGCAUAUGCGGAUUCGCAGCGGAAGGUUUGCGUGGGGAGCGCAUGAUUCAUGACACCUUUCCGUCGAAGGAGCUGCAGGACUACUGGUCCACCCGCCCGCGGUACGAAGAGACCCCAGCGGCGAGUGCUGCAGGAGCCAGCGGGAGCGGUGAUAAGGGUGAGACGUGGGAAGAGUGGGAGAAGCUAGCGGCAAAGCAGGACUCGGAUGAGCCCCCACCACCACCGUAUAGUCUAGAGGUUGACGAAGCACAACCUAUCGCUCCCCCGGCUAGCACUAGCGGACCACCUCCAGUACCGCUUGAGCGUCGACCAACCCUACCAAGUGCUUCGCAAUCGCAAGGGCCGCCCCCUCCGCCGUUAUCAACACGACCUGCUCCCCCUCUACCGCACGCAUCCUCGUCCCAAGAAAUCCCGGUUCUGCAACGUUUCAGCAGCCUAUCGGUGUCGUCCCCACCGACCUCUCCCCCCGCAGACCAUGCUUCGUACGGACGCCAUUCACACUCCCCGUCACCUCGGCCGGUAUCCCCGGCCCUCUCGCAUCAGUCGCACCACUCUCACCACUCGCACACGUCGUCGCACUCGGCCCCCGCGCCAUAUCUUCCGCCGCCAUCAGGGCCAGAGUACGCUCCACAUUUCCCGACUCCCUCGCCUCCGAACAGCGCUCCUGGGCCGUGGACGCAAGCGGCAUGGCCACCGCCGGAGUGGGGGGUUCCUCAGAGCCAUGUCACAACUUACCCCCAAUAUCACAAGAGCGAAGCAUAUCCCCAACAUCACCAGAGCGAAUCCUACCCGCAACACCAACAGGAUGAACCACAAUUCGCCUCAGAAUACCGGGCCGGAUACAAUCCUGGGUACGCCCCGGGCUACCCACCUGCCAGUCCACCUCCGCCUCCGCCCUUGAGACCCCGGCCAUCGACGACGUCCCAUCAUUCACGUCCCCCGCCGGGCCCACCUUCGCCUUACGGCCACGGUCCGAGCGAGCCCUCCUACAGCAGCGCCGGCGGUUUCGCGUUCCCCGAAGCACAGGCCUACGGGCCGCCAGACAGCAGCUACUGCCCCGCUCCGCCCGCACACUCCCCCUACCCUCCCCCAUCUUCGUACCCUGGUAGUAGUACAGUUCCUGGCCCAGGCAGCCCGCACGCACAUCUCUUCCCGGCCGGGCCAGGACCAGACGCGUACUCGCCUGGCCCGGGGGCGCCACCCCCGCCACCACCACCCGAUCGCCGCGCUGGGCCCGCACGAAGACGAAUACUUACCCUGCGCACGUCGAUCUUGGCAGGUCCGUACCGCACCCCCGACUACUAUCAUCCGGCAUCGUCGGAGGGACAGGGCGCGGGGUACCGCCCGCCUCCCCCGCCGCGGCCGCCUUCCCAUCCCGCGUCGGGGUAUUCGGGGAAUCAAGGCGUGAGCGGGGGUGGGGCGCCUGCGAUGUCCUCCGGCCCGCUGGGGAGCGCGUUCAAUCUGGUAGGGAACGUCGCGGGGCAGGGUGCGAAGACGCAGCUGCAGAAUCUUGCGAACUGUACGUGGGCUCUGUGUUAUGUCUGCGGUUCCGCACUGAUAGUUUACUUCGUGUCUCGCUCCCAGCUGGCUCGAAGUUGUUUAGCAAGUACCGCAAGUAAGAACCGGGAACCCAAUGAUGUGUGUGCGUUACGACUGUACAUGUGA